AUGCGUGGAAAAAUGACGAAAUUGCAAAGUGAAUUAGUAGCAUUUGUACCAUAUUAUCAUGAUGCUCCGGGUAACAAGAGCAACGAUCAAGAAGCCUUGAUUGUGAAAAUGCUGGCAACGUUUGAUGACUGGGGUUUUCCUCGUACACGUAGAGAAACCAUAGAUUUAACGACAAAGUUUAUACGUGAAGCUGGUUUGUGUUCAAAAUUUCGGACUGGUUAUCCAGGAAUAGAAUGGUUACGAUUAUUCCUAAAACGUUGGAGUAAUGAACUAAAACAAAGAUUAAGCACUUUCAAAAAACGUGUUAUUGUGCGAAACAGUAAACGACAUCCUGCCUAUAGGAUUCAUGACGGCACUGCGAAACAAAAUACAACAGUAUUAUUUUGUAUAAGUGCUGGAGGUCAAGUGCUUCCUUCAUUAAUAAUUUUUAAAGCCAAAACGUUAAGAAGUCAUUGGUGCACUGGUUCAGUUAAAGGCACUUGUUAUGGUGCUAAUAAAUCGGGCUGGAUUAAUGAAGACACGUUUAUUCAGUGGAUGAAAAAAUGUUUCAUACCAAAUACGCCAGCAUUGCCUCGACCAUUAUUAUUGUUGCUAGAUGGACAUUCAUCGCAUUUGUCUUAUCAAGCUUGUGUUAUGGCUCUUCAACAUCAGAUUCAUAUGAUAUAA